AUGGCUGUAAGCCUUUCGCCAUGGCUGUUUCUUCCCCACUCCAUUCUUUUUCUCAUUUCCAUCAUUCCUCUUUCUUCCGCUCACUCCUCUCCUCAGAAUAACCAAGCUUCUUACCCUUUUCCACUGCCAUUCCAUUUCCCCACCAUCAAUAAUACUACACACAAUCUCUCCAUCUCCGGGAGAAGGCCGCCGCCACAUCCACCACUUCAAGAACCGAAGAGGAUGACGAAAGGCACCAUUAUAGCGGUGGCGGUUUCUACUGUAGCGGCUACCCUUCUGCUUUCUCUGGGUCUCCUCUUUUACAUUCGAAGACGCAUUCUUGCAAAACUCAAGGAACAUCAAGUAGAAUCUCAAGAAUUUACAAGAUUGGAAGGAAAGCUUAAUGGAUUGAUUGUUGAAGAAGAUGGUCUGGAUGUGAUGUAUUGGAAGAAGAACAAUGAAGAAGAUGAAGAAAUGGGUUUUGCAAGAGAUGGAUCAUCAACCAUCCCUCAGAUUGUACAACAAACUCCUUUGCUCCAUCAAAUUUCUUCAAUCAAAGUUCGUGACCGGUCUCUCUCUAGUUCACGAGUAUUGCCAUUGCUGCCAAGGUUAUUUACUAAACUCUUGGAAGCAACUCUCAAAGUUGGAAACCGAUUGAAUUCAGGAACAACGAGAGGUAAUGCAAAAGCUUUCCAUCUCAAUUUACUCUUAAGACUUUCAGAUGUAAAAAGCACACAUAGAAAAUUCAUUGUCAAAGAAGUCAUAAAAUUCGAAGGGAAAAAACAAUUCUCAAACACAAAUUCAAAGAAUCUCAAAUCGAAAAAGGAAAUAGAAAUCGAAUACAUAAUACUUGGAUUAUCAGCUAUGGAAUCACUCACCUUAGAGCUCUCUAACGUCAAGAAAGCGUCCACAAUCGACUACGAAACCUUCACUAUCACUUGCCCUAAUCUAUUAAGCAAAAUCUCAGAGAUACAAAACCUUCUAUCGAUUGAAGGCGGUGGUGAAUACAAGAGAAAGAUGUUAGAAUUUGUGAAAUCCGCAACGGAAGAAGUUGAGAUAGCAAGAAGAGAACAAAAAAGAGUGUUGGAUGAAUUGAAGAAGACAAAUGAGUACUAUGAAACAGGGGAUAGAGAAAAUUCGUUAGGGAUUUUUGUGAUAGUAAAGAAUUUUGUGAAUGCCGUGAAUCAGGUGUGUCGUGAAAUAGUUGGGGAAUUGAGAGGGAAGAUCAAGAUGGGAAAUAUGGAUGCAUGUCUGCCAUUGAAGAGCACAAUUAGCUUGAGAUUUCCACGUUUGGCGGAACAUUUCAAGUGUAGAAGAUGUCCCGCCGAUUCCAUGGAUUAG